AUGGAGCGGAAAGGUGAGCAGUGGAGGGGCCUCCGCCACGAGGGGCAACGGCCUCCGGGGCGAGGCCGGGGUCAGUGCCGGGAGCUUUGCCUAACGGCCGUGGUCCAGUCCCUGGGCGUGAGGCGCCCCUCCAUUGAAGUGGCGACGCUCCUCACCCCCCGACGCUGUGCUGCGGGUCCGCGCCCCUCAGCCGGGGCGUCCUCCCGCGCCGGCCGUCACCGCCCCUUGUUCCGUGCCAGGCCGGCCCGAAUCUUGCGGCAACCGCAGAGCCUAGCCUUCGGCGGGCAAGGGAGACCCACGCCUACCAGCCCCCUUACGCGGCCCGAGCCCCCUCCGGUGCAUUCCGCCUGGUCGCUGCUCGGUACCCCGUGGGCCGCUCGCCCCCCGGCCGACCGCCUUGCCGAAACAGCGGCGCUUGCUCCGGAGCGUCCCCCGAGGCAGGCCCCGCAAUGGGGCCUGGCACCCCUCUUAGGUUUCCACCCUCACCUUGGUCGCCUGCUUUUCUCCACAUUCGCCCUUCAUCAAUCCCUCUCUUCUGCAGUGCUUGCGCUCCAGGCCCGAAAGAAAAGGACCAAGGCCAAGAAGGACAAAGCCCAAAGGAAAUCUGAAACUCAGCACCGAGGCUCUGCUCCCCACUCUGAGAGUGAUCUACCGGAGCAGGAAGAGGAGAUCCUGGGAUCUGACGAUGAUGAGCAGGAGGAUCCCAAUGAUUAUUGUAAAGGGGGUUAUCAUCUUGUGAAAAUUGGAGACCUGUUCAAUGGGAGAUAUCAUGUAAUCCGAAAACUGGGCUGGGGACACUUCUCAACAGUAUGGUUGUCAUGGGAUAUCCAGGGAAAGAAGUUUGUGGCAAUGAAAGUAGUUAAAAGUGCUGAACAUUAUACCGAAACGGCACUUGAUGAAAUCCGGUUGCUGAAGUCAGUUCGAAAUUCAGAUCCCAAUGAUCCAAAUAGAGAAAUGGUUGUUCAACUACUAGAUGACUUCAAAAUAUCAGGAGUUAAUGGAACCCAUAUCUGCAUGGUGUUUGAAGUUUUGGGGCAUCAUCUGCUCAAGUGGAUCAUCAAGUCAAAUUAUCAAGGGCUUCCACUGCCUUGUGUCAAAAAAAUUAUUCAGCAAGUAUUACAGGGUCUGGAUUAUUUACACACCAAGUGCCGUAUCAUCCACACUGACAUUAAACCAGAAAACAUAUUAUUAUCAGUGAACGAGCAAUACAUUCGGAGGCUGGCUGCAGAAGCAACAGAAUGGCAGCGAUCUGGAGCUCCUCCACCUUCUGGAUCUGCAGUCAGUACUGCUCCCCAGCCUAAACCAGCUGACAAAAUGUCAAAGAAUAAGAAGAAGAAAUUGAAGAAGAAGCAGAAGCGCCAGGCAGAAUUACUAGAGAAGCGAAUGCAGGAAAUUGAGGAAAUGGAGAAAGAGUCGGGCCCUGGGCAAAAAAGACCAAACAAGCAAGAAGAAUCAGAGAGUCCUGUUGAAAGACCCUUGAAAGAGAACCCACCUAAUAAAAUGACCCAAGAAAAACUUGAAGAGGCAAGUACCAUUGUCCAGGAUCAAACACUUAUGGAACGUGGUGUAGAGGGUGGUGCAGCAGAAAUUAAUUGCAAUGGAGUAAUUGAAACCGUUAAUUUUACUGAGAACAGUAAUAAAGAGACAUUGAGGCUUAAAGAGGAUCUACAUAAUGCUAAUGACUCUGUCAUCCAAAAUUUGAAGCAGGAACCUAGUUUCCUAAGCUCACAAAAUGGAGACAGCAGCACAUCUCAAGAAAUAGACUCUUUUACACCCAUAGUCUCUGAGACAUCAGAUACCAUGGUGUGCCAGUCUUCUACAAGUGUAGACCAGGACAUCAGCCAACUUCAAGAAAGCAUCCGGGCAGAAAUACCUUGUGAAGACGAACAAGAGCAGGAACCGAAUGGACCACUGGACAACAAAGGAAAAUCCACUGCUGGGAAUUUUCUUGUUAAUCCCCUAGAACCAAAAAAUGCAGAAAAACUUCAAGUGAAGAUUGCUGAUCUUGGAAAUGCCUGUUGGGUGCAUAAACAUUUCACGGAAGAUAUUCAGACAAGGCAAUAUCGCUCUUUGGAAGUUCUGAUAGGAUCUGGCUAUAAUACUCCUGCUGACAUUUGGAGCACCGCAUGUAUGGCCUUUGAACUGGCUACAGGUGACUAUUUGUUUGAACCUCAUUCAGGAGAAGAGUACACUCGAGAUGAAGAUCACAUUGCAUUGAUCAUAGAACUUCUGGGGAAGGUACCUCGCAAGCUCAUUGUGGCAGGAAAAUAUUCCAAGGAAUUUUUCACCAAAAAAGGUGACCUGAAACACAUCACGAAGCUGAAACCAUGGGGCCUUUUUGAGGUUCUAGUAGAGAAGUAUGAGUGGUCUCAGGAAGAGGCAGCUGGCUUCACAGAUUUCUUACUGCCCAUGUUGGAGCUGAUCCCCGAGAAGAGAGCCACCGCUGCCGAAUGUCUCCGGCACCCCUGGCUCAACUCCUAA